AUGGCUCCACGAGAUGAAGGCCGUCGUCUCGACCUUUCACCAAUGUGUGAAAUUCCCGCACAAUCAGGAAUCUACACACUGAGAGGGAAUCAAGGGGCGGCAAGGUCAUGCUUCCUCUAUGAGCGACGGCUCCGCCUAGCAGCAACAUGCACCGCAAACGAGGAAAUGGAUCCACGCCUUCCAUACCACCAGAGACCAAAGCCGGCCCUCGUCGACGAGGUGAACAUCGACGAAUCGCGUCCGGAAAGGCGCGUUGGCAUCGGUGGCGACCUCGACGAUGUGAUAAAAGAGCAACUGGUCACAUUGCUCAAACAGAAUGUGCACCUUUUCGCAUGGUCAAUGGCAGAUAUGAAAGGGAUCGACCCGGCAAUCACAUCCCACGAGCUAAACGUGGACUCUUCCUACAAACCCAUGAGACAGAAAAGACGCAAGCUCGGCGCCGAUAAAGCUCAAGCGGUCAAUGAAGAAGUGGAAAAAUUACUUAGAGCCGGAUCGAUCACUGAAGUAAAAUACCCCGAAUGGCUAGCAAAUCCAGUCGUCGUCAAAAAGAAAAACGGAAAGUGGAGAGUCUGCGUCGAUUUCACAGACCUAAAUAAAGCAUGCCCAAAGGAUAGCUUCCCUUUACCACAUAUCGAUCGCCUCGUCGAGGCCACGGCAGGGAAUGAAUUACUAUCCUUCAUGGACGCCUUUUCAGGAUACAAUCAGAUCUUCAUGCAUCCCGAUGAUCGCGAGAAGACGGCAUUCAUUACCGAUCGUGGCACCUAUUGCUAUAAAGUGAUGCCCUUCGGCCUGAAGAACGCCGGCGCCACUUAUCAACGAUUAGUGAACAAAAUGUUCGCGGACCAGCUCGGUAGAAGCAUGGAAGUCUAUAUCGACGACAUGCUAGUCAAAUCUGCCAAGGCACGAUCACGUCAAACACCUCAGCGAAUGUUUCCGAAUCUUAGAGAGUACGGGAUGAAGCUGAACCCCGCAAAAUGCACAUUCGCCGUUACCUCGGGAGAAUUCCUCGGGUAUGUUGUGACCCAACGCGGGAUAGAGGCAAACCCGAAGCAGAUCUCGGCGAUCCUCGACCUCCCAUCGCCGACAUCCUCCAAAGAAAUCCAAAGACUCACCGGACGUAUCGCCGCAUUGAACAGAUUCAUCUCGCGCUCAACCGACAACACGGCGGUAAGCGGAGUCCUUGUCCGAGAAGAUCGAGGAGAGCAGCAGCCAGUCUUCUAUGUCAGCAAAACCCUCAAUGACGCCGAGACGCGAUACCCAACCCUAGAAAAGUUGGCACUCGCAGUAGUCAUAUCGGCACGAAAACUCAGGCCAUAUUUUCAAUCACACUCCAUCGUCGUCUUUACCAGCCAACCACUACGCCAAAUCCUUCACGGCCCCAACCAAUCCGGAAGAAUGGCGAGAUGGGCAAUCGAACUAUCGGAAUACGAUAUUGAGUUCAAAAGCCGGACGAGCGCCAAGUCACAAGUCCUAGCCGACUUCAUCGUAGAAAUCCCACCAGAGCUCGCAACUCAAGAGGACGAGCAAAUCCUCAAAUGGACACUGCAUGUCGACGGAUCGUCCUCCAGGCAAGGAGCAGGCGUCGGCAUCCGCCUCGUCUCCCCGACAGGCGAGAUUCUCGAGCAAUCGAUCAAACUCGGUUUCCCAGCGUCCAACAACGAAGCCGAGUAUGAAGCGAUUAUUGCCGGACUUCGUCUCGCCGAAGCAGUCGGAGCAGAACACGUUCGUGCGUUCUGCGACUCUCAGCUCGUCGCUAAACAAUUCAGCGGUGACUACGACACUAAAGACGAUCGCAUGGAUGCGUAUCUCAAACAGACGCAAAGACUUGCCAAAGCAUUCAAGACGUUCGAGUUGACAAAGAUCCCCCGUUCCGAGAAUUCCGAAGCCGACGCACUCGCAGCCUUGGCGUCAAAAACCGAAUCAGCACUGCGACGGGUCAUCCCGGUCGAAACCAUCGACGAACCAAGCAUCAAACUCCCCAAGGGAACCGUCGUCAUGGCAAUCUCGCAAGAAGAAGAAGAAGACGAAAACCUCACUGAUGACGAGUCAGCAGAACACAAAUCAUGGCAGGAUGAAAUCAGAAAUUACCUCAUCAACGACGCCGUGCCAGAGGAGAGAUGGGCGGCCCGCCGCCUCCGACGAAAAGCAGCUUACUACUUCUUACGCAACAACGAGCUUUUUCGCUGGAGCGCAAACAAAGUCAUCCUGCGAUGCUGCGACGAAGCACAAGCUAAGAGCAUCAUGGUCGAGACCCACGAGGGAGCAUCAGGAAACCACGCCGGCGGAAGAUCACUCGCUUUAAAAAUUAAGAAGAUCGGAUACUUCUGGCCAACGAUGAUCGGCGAUUGCAUAGACGUCGCCGCCAAAUGCGUCCCCUGCAAAGAUACGCACCGGCGAUCAACGCCCCAACGCAAGCACUUCAAGCUGCGAUCCCGGCAUAUCCCUUUAUGCGCUGGGGAAUGGAUAUCGUCGGCCCCAUGCCACGCUCACGGCAAUGCGCUUACCUCUUGGUCGUCACCGACUACUUUACUAACAACUUUCCGAGAAUUUUGCGCAUCGUGGAACAUCAAGAUCACUUACUCCACGCCAAGAUAUCCUCAAGCUAAUGGACAAGCCGAGUCCACAAACAAAACUAUUGUUGAUGGAUUGAAAAAAAGGCUUGAAGGCUACCAAGGAGCUUGGGCGGACGAAUUGGAUGGAGUGCUCUGGUCGCAUCGAACCACUCCCAGAACCGCAUCCGGGGAAACCCCAUUCUCUUUGUCGCACGGUUGCGAAGCACUAGCACCGGCAGAACUGCACGUAGCCAGCUUACGACGAUCGUUAAUGCCCCUCAACCCGGCAUUGAACGACGACUCACUCCUGCAUAGUUUAGACCAGCCGAAGAGCUACGGGAUCGCGCCCUCCUGCGUAUGCAAAACUACCAACAACAAGCAACCAGAUAUUACGACAGGAAGGUGCGAAACCGGCGCUUCGAGCUCUACGACCUUGUAUCUAAGAAGGUCCACGACUUUACCAAACCCGAGCACGCAGGCAAAUUCGGGUUCCAUUGGGAAGGACCGUUUCGCAUCACCAAGAUCAUCAAACCCGGGGUCUACGAGCUGGACGAGUUGUAAUGAACCUACGCAACUAGACGCUUGA